AUGACGGAUAUCAAGAAGGAUACGUCACAAAUGGGCAUCUCCCACCAUACCGAAGUCUUCAAGGCAUCUGAUGGUUGCGAGCUGUUCUUGAGGCGCUGGUCAUCAGAACAGACCAAUACGGCAGCCCAUGACCGCAACAACGCCUUGGCGGUUUUCAUCGUCCACGGCAUGGGAGAGCACUCGCUGAGGUACCAGGAGUUGGCCUCGCACUUGGUCACAGCCCUUCCGCCUGGAUCGCUGGUCUACUGUCAUGACCAACGUGGGCAUGGGCAGACUGCUGUGAGGUUGGGCAAGGGGACGGAGGCUUUGGGGGAGGUACCCUGUGAGCACGGUUUGGACCCGAUGUCGGUGAUGGCUGAUGAUGUUGUAUGUAUGGUGACGGAGAAGUUACCUCGUGGUAUGGAGUAUCUCCUAAUAGGCCACAGCAUGGGCUCAGUCGUUACGCGAUUGGCCUUGGAAAGGCUCAUGCAGCUAGAUGUCCCGAGUCCUGUGGGCAUGCUCCUGUCAGGGCCUCCAGCUUCUCCAGGAAGGCUCCUCCAUGCUAUAUAUCAGUGCUUGCUAUGGGCAAUACGAUCAACGAGCUUCGGACCGUCACUCGCCUCGAAAAUAAUUUUCGGCGGAUACGACUCGCAAAUACGCAGUCUCGUUAAGAAUCCUUCUCUGCCGCAGCACUCAUGGUUGUCCAUCAACGAGGACAAUGUACGAAAGUAUACUGAAGACCCCUUUUGUGGUCAUGACGUUUCUAUUGAUCUGUGGUCUUCUCUUCUGUCUAAUAUCACUAAGCUGAAUGAGGGGCUCACCUUUGGCGAAAUGAAGGAGGUUUCGAAAGUGAAGGUUUUGGUCAUGGGUGGUGCUGAUGACAUGUGCACGGAAAGAGGCAAGGGAGUUCACGAGUGUGCUGCGAGUCUAGCGGAAGUGCCUGGGUUGGAGGUCAAGCAGCUGCUGUAUUCUAAAGCCCGCCACGAGAUCUGGCAUGAAACGGAAGAUAUGAGGAUGGAAGCUGUACAUGACACCAUAGCAUGGGCGAAGCGCUGUGGCCAGGCCGGCCGACGGUCGAGGUUGUAGACUUUUUAGAAAACG